AUGAGGUAUGCGUGGGUGGUCUCGUUUGCAUUUUUAAUACUUGGAAAUGUAGUACAAUCAAGUAGUCUACUGAGCAAAACUAUAAACUCGGAUGGUUCUAGAGAUUUUAAAAUUGUAAAGCAUAUUAAAAAAAACACAUGCACAUGUUCUUGUAAAUGUGUUCCUGAUGCUCCGUCUAACCCAUUCGAUGUGAGCACUACAAUAUCUUCCAUUAAUAACGACAAUGUCGACAUUGGACCAAGUGGCGAUUCAAAUCCAACCGGAUCUUCUUGGUUUCAAGAAAUUGAAGCAACAGUGGGCGGGCAGACUGUAAAAUCAGAACACAACAUCGAUUCAAGUGUUGAAGUAGAGAAAAAAGUUACAACAUCCACUGACGCUUCGACUACAAAUGCUCCGACGACAGGGAAAGAUUCUACUACUCCAGAAAUCAUAACCGGCAUAGUAGUGAUUAAUUCCAAAUCAGAAUCAGUCACUGAUAUGUCUACUACCAGAUUUUCUACAACUUUGUCGCCCACAACGGAGUUACUGACUUCACCUGAAACCUUAGUUUCUACAGAUAGCUCCACUUCAACUGAACAGACCUCACCAGAUAAUACAACAGAAAUCGCAUCGCCCAUGGAAACAAAUACAACUACUGAAGCAACCACCACAUCCGUUGAACCGUCAGUUUCAACAUUAGCCUCUGAGGACGAAACAACUGUAACUGCAAUUGCCGAGAGCACAACUACUGUUAUUGCUGAAGUGUCUACAACAACUGAAGAACCAACCACAACAGCAGAGAGCACCACCAAGAAGUCUACCACUAAAGCUCCUGCAACAACUGAGGAACCAACUCCAACUACCACUGAGGAAGUCACAACCACAGAAGCUGAAACGUCUACAACCACUUCGAGUGAAACUUCUACAGAAAAGCCGACUACUCCUCUAAUUGAUAACAAAAUUGCUGGACCAGCAACAGGAAAGCCUGAGACAACCCAUUUUCCGGUUACUGGAACCACACCAAACUUUGACACAGCAACUGAGACACCAUUCGUUGCGAAAUCGGAAGACAAGAUGACUUUAUCGAAAACCGCCGCGACAGAAACAACACAACAGACAACUGAAGUUACAGAUGGUCCAGAAAAGGAAACAACAAAAAAUGUUUCAAUCGAAAUUCCAAUAACCACAGUACCACUUGUUGAAACUACCUCAACCACUUCGACCGCAUCCAAAGAAAGUGAUGGCUUCCACACUACUUUAAAACUUAAAGUGACUACUGCUGAUUCCGAUUCCACGGAAUCGGCAACUACUGUUAAACCAUUCAACGAGGAAACAACAACGAAAAGUCAUGUUGUGCCCAAGCCAACAAAAAAGGGAACUGUUAAAGUUACACCAAAAUUGGAGCUUUCAUUUGAUGAGCCAACUGAAAUCACAAAAGCUCCACAUCCAGUGAAGCCAAGGAAAACGACGACUACAACCACCUCGACUACAACCACUACAGAGAAGCCAGUAAUUACAGAGGGGUCGACCACAAACAAGCAGCCAACAACAUCUGAACAUGAAUCUACCACUGAGGUACCGACAACUACGGAAGAGCCAACCACCACGACCGGACAACACAAGACUGAGAAGGCAAUUACUACAGAGGAACCAACUACUACUGAAGAAUCAUCCACAACUGAAGAAGUAACUACCACAGAGGAGCCAGCUAACACUGGAAAUCCGCCCACAACUGAAAACCCAACAACCACAGAACAGCCAACCAGUACUGCCGAGUCAACUACCACGGCACUACCAUUCACGACUGAGCAGACAGUUACCACAGAGGAACCAACAACUGCGGAAAAGUCAACCGCUACUCAGAAGCCAACAACCACACAGGAGUCAGUUUCCACGGAAAAGACAUCCACUACCAAAAAGGCAUCCACCACAGAGGAGCCAACCACUACUGAUGAGCCAACCACCACGACAGAGUCAUCCACAACCGGCAAGGCAACAACCCCGGAGUUGUCAACUACUUCUGAAGAGACGACCACCACGGAAUUGAAAAUCACUACUGAAGGUUCAACGACUACAGAAGAGCCAACCACUACAGCUAUUUUCGCUGAAGCUUCAACCGGCAUUAUUACAACUGACGAGGAAACAACAUCAACCACCUCUACCACACCUGAGAUCACGUCUACAAAAGAAAUCGUAACUGAAUCUGCAAUCACUCAAACAUCCGUUUCUGUGGUCGAAAGUUCAACCCCACGCCAACUGCCAGAAAGAUGGAAGGCGAUUGUCAACAAGUUUAAACACAAUCUUGAAGUACUAAAGGAAAAGAAACGACUGUUGAAAGAAAAAGAGAGCACGUCGACUACUGGAUCAGAUAGUUCUGAGACAACAACUGUAGUUGCUGAAAACAUCGAUGAGGUUACUACGACCGAGAAAGAGAAAGUUGUUCAGACAACACCAAUAACAACAGAAAAAUCGACAACACAGGAAGAGACUACAACAACAACAACCACCACGGAGAAGACUACAUCCAAAACUACUACCGAAAAACCAACUACAUCAGAAUCCGCAACAACGGAGACGACAACAUCAGAACCUUCAACUACAGAAUCAACAACCGUAGAUACAAGUUCCGCUACGACUGAAGAAUCUUCCACAGCCGCGGAGACUACCACUACAUCUGCUGAAACUUCUGAAACAACAACAUCAGAAUCUGCAGCUUUUAUCACCGGAGAAUCACCGGAGAAUACCGCACUUCAGAGCUCUUCACAAAAGUCUGAGGAAAAUGAAUCUUCAGCUGAAAAACCUGGAGCCCGUCGCGAUUUUGUUCCAAAGAAACAUAAAACUACCGUAAAACCAGCGGAGACCACUUCAGCGGUAGCAGCUUCAACAACUACCACGGAGCCAAUCACCACCACAGAAAAAAGCACUACAUUAGAAACUACCCCAAUCGAGGCUACUACUUUGAAUGAGGUUACAGGGCCAGCAUUCGUAACUGGUGCCCCAGUUGAUGAAACUACUAUCAACACUUUAGAAUUGCUUAGUAAAAUCAAUAACACUCAAAUUUCGCAGCCAAAACCAACUGACAUUUCCAAAACUGAUGCACUUUCGUCACUUAUCAGUGGAUUAAUCGGAUCGUUUACCAAAGCUCCAAUGGCUCCUACAAUACAUACCACCACCGACGCUGCAUUUGUGACUGCAACUGAAGCGUCGUUGAAUGACGGAUCGGAUAAAAAGAUCAUUGAUGAAGCACAACCAACAGAUGAAAUCCGCAGAGCUCAACCAACAAAUGAAAUGGACAAGGAAAUGGAGUUUGAAAAGAGGAUUCGAGAACAACGGAUCCAAAUGGAGCAGGCAAAGCGGCUACGCGAGGAAGAACUUUUGGAGAAACAACUCCAGGAGCAAGAAAUUGAAGAAAAAGCUCGAAAUGAAAUGAUAGAGAGAAAACAAAAAAUGUUGCAGCAAUUGGAAGAACUAAAGGAAGCCGAGGAACGUCAAAGAGUCCUUUUAGAGCAAGAGCGUCUUCAAGAACAGGAAAGACAACGACUGAUUGCAGAAAAAGAAGCUGAAAUUGCAUUUGGUUCCAUCUCCACAACUACAGAGGCCUCCAAAUUCAAGUAUAGAUUGAGACCGGCACAGUGUGCUGCAAUUAACAAGUUCACAAGGGUGUUCAAUAUUACGGAUCCAUCUGAAUGGAUUCAGAAGAACUGUGAAUUUGCAAAACGUUACUUCCCGGAAGCAUCCUGCCCACAGAUUCAAGCACUUAUUGAAUCGUGUUUUGCAUUCCUUUAAAUAAUGUUUUAUUUUUUCUCAUUUCCUGACAUUUUCCUUUAUCCCUGAACUCAGUGACAUUUUUCAUCCGGAAUUUCAUCCACCCAGUUUGCUACGUGUGUCUUUGCGCUUUUAAAAUCUUCUCAGUUUGAUACAGUUCUCAUUUUAUAAAACUUUUAGUGUUCCUUCUGUUUCUUCUAAACUCCCCAUGAUUAUCAAUUUUCUCCGAUCACAACAAUUCUUCAACGUUCAAAAUGUAUUUCUUUCUCAGAAAUAAGUACAAUAAAGAUAACAUUU